AUGUAUAGUAUACGACGAUACCUCGUGCCUUCCAUCUGCUUGUUUAUUCAUGAGAAAUCCAUCCGGUUUCUAUCUUUCUCUUGCACAUCUUCUACUAUCUUUCAUACAUGUAAUAAUAAGAUCAAGAAAAAUACAUUACAAGAGCGUAUUAUAUCAGCAUUAGUUGUUAAUCGACCAGGUACAUUAGCCCAGAUUGCAAAUGUCUUCAAGUAUGGUGAUCAUAAUAUUACCAACCUCUGUGUCCGUUCUACUCUUGUACCCGAGCUUUCACGUAUUACCAUCUCCUGUUUCCUACAAGAUCGAGCAGUCGAAGCAAUUAAAAAGCGUCUACAGGCUCUUGUAGCCAUCACUUUCUUUCACUUGACAACUGUCAAUGUUUGUAUCACAACACGACAGUUUGUACUGCGUUCUCAGCUCUUAUUGCAACUACGACGAGAUCCACAUCGUCAGUGUCAAUUAGUGCAGAUACUGGAGAAGUUUCAAGCCGAAGUGAUUGUGCCACAGGAUGAAUAUGAUGCAGAUAGUGACAAUCCAUUGGCAGCAAUGAAAGAACAUGAACAGUAUAACAAGGACGGGAUUCCCUUCUCAUCUAGUAAUGCUGCUUCAAGGACGCAGUUCUUGGCACUCACGGACGAACCAGACAAGUUGAUGAAAUUCCUUGCUGCGCUUACAGAGGAAGGAUUCCAGAUUCUUGAAACCCAGACGUGUGGACCCGUGUUCUUAGACACUGUACACUCAACACUAGAUCCAGAAAGUGCCUAUUCGUUUCGACGUAAGGUCGCUUUGGAAGUUGAGAACUUACUUCUGAAGAAUCACGUAGAUUCAGGAGCCAGGAGCUCCGAAUCGGAUCCGCUGGAUGCUGAUGUCAUGACACCCGUGCCGCCUACGUCAACAUUCCAAUUACACACAAACGAUCAGGGCCACUUCACUUCAAACCGGUUACAAUUGCAUGCUCGCAUUGCGCAGCAGCUGUACUCUUCCGCGCCGCAGGACUUAUUCGUGCCUAAAUUUGUGCUGAUGUUGGGCAUUCCCGGGUCAGGCAAGUCAACAAUGCUAAGCCAUUUAUAUCUCAUGGGGAAGCUCACGCUACAAGAUUCUGUAAACUUUGACAUUGAUGAUGUCAUUGCACUUCUUCCAGAGUUCUACCACGCAAUGCUUAACGUAGGUCUAGGCAACAACCCAGAAAGCCAUAGCGUAACAGACGCGGAACGUACGGGGAUGAACUCGAAGCCCCAUGUCAAGCUGUUGCCAGGACCACAAACACGGUACCAGCUAUGUCGUGACGAAGCACGUUUUAUUCUCAAGAAGAAUCUUUACGGUGCAAUCAUGUCACGCAAGAACAUUAUUCUUCAUGGUAGUGGCAAGAGUUUCACCAGUUAUGCUCACACGAUUGAUCAAGUGAAAGCAGCAGGUUAUGAUGUCCACGUAUUGUGUCUAGAUAUUCCGGUAACGGAGGCUUAUAAGCGGGUAGACAAACGCAGCAGUGGUUACGGGCGUGACGUUCCUCGAUCCAUUAUUGACACAGCGUCGUCUUUGAUCACGCGCAAUUUCCGUCGACUAGCAAGUCGUGUCUCGAAUGCACAUCUUUUUGACAGCACUGGAAUUCCACCGCGGCUAGUCUGGAGCAAGCAGAAUUCGGAGAUUGUUAUGAAGCAUCCAGACGAUGAAGUACAACAAAAGUAUGGAAUGGAGUAG